GUCUUCAAAAUGACAAGGAUUUUGACAGCUUGCAAAGUGGUGAAGACCCUGAAGACAAGCUUUGGCUUAACCAAUGUGACGGCACACCAUCAAUGGAAAUUUGCAAGACCUGGCAUCAGACUCCUUUCUGUCAAGGCACAGACAGCACACAUUGUCCUGGAAGAUGGAACUAAGAUGAAAGGUUACUCCUUUGGCCAUCCAUCCUCUGUUGCUGGUGAAGUGGUUUUUAAUACUGGCCUGGCAGGGUACCCGGAAGCUCUUACUGACCCUGCUUACAAGGGGCAGAUUCUUACCAUGGCCAAUCCUAUUGUUGGGAAUGGUGGAGUCCCUGACACCGCUGCACUGGAUGAACUGGGACUCAGCAAAUAUUUGGAAUCUGAUGGGAUUAAGGUUGCAGGUUUGCUGGUGCUGAAUUAUAGUGAUGACUACCACCACUGGCUGGCUACCAAGAGUCUAGGACAGUGGCUACGGGAAGAAAAGGUCCCUGCAAUUUAUGGAGUGGAUACAAGAAUGCUGACUAAAAUAAUUCGAGAUAAGGGUACCAUGCUUGGGAAGAUUGAAUUUGAAGGUCGGUCUGUGGAUUUUGUGGAUCCAAAUAAGCAGAAUUUGAUUGCUGAGGUUUCAACCAAGGAUGUCAAGGUGUAUGGCAAAGGAAAUCCCAUGAAAGUGGUAGCUGUAGACUGUGGGAUAAAAAACAAUGUAAUCCGCUUAUUAGUAAAGCGAGGGGCAGAAGUGCAUGUAGUGCCUUGGAAUCAUGAUUUCACCAAGAUGGAGUAUGAUGGGCUUUUAAUUGCUGGAGGACCUGGUAACCCAGCUCUUGCACAACCACUAAUUCAGAAUGUAAAAAAGAUCUUGGAGAGUGAUCGCAAGGAACCAUUGUUUGGAAUCAGUACAGGAAAUUUAAUAACAGGAUUGGCUGCUGGUGCCCAAGUCUACAAGAUGUCCAUGGCCAACAGAGGGCAGAAUCAACCUGUUUUGAAUAUCACAAACAGACAGGCUUUCAUUACUGCUCAGAAUCAUGGCUACGCCCUGGACAGCACCCUUCCUGCUGGCUGGAAACCACUUUUUGUGAAUGUUAAUGAUCAAACAAACGAGGGGAUUAUGCAUGAGAGCAAACCCUUCUUUGGUGUGCAGUUCCACCCAGAAGUUGGCCCAGGGCCAACAGACACUGAGUACCUGUUUGAUUCCUUUUUCUCACUGAUAAAGAAGGAGAAAGGAAACACCAUUACAUCGGUACUCCCGAAGCCAGGCCUAGUAGCAUCUCGAGUUGAGGUUUCCAAAGUCCUUAUCCUAGGAUCAGGAGGUCUGUCCAUUGGCCAGGCAGGUGAAUUUGAUUACUCGGGAUCGCAAGCUGUGAAAGCGAUGAAGGAAGAAAAUGUCAAAACUGUCCUGAUGAACCCAAAUAUUGCAUCGGUGCAAACCAAUGAAGUGGGCUUAAAGCAAGCAGAUACUGUCUACUUUCUUCCCAUCACCCCUCAGUUUGUCACAGAGGUCAUCAAAGCGGAACGGCCAGAUGGGUUAAUUCUAGGCAUGGGUGGCCAGACAGCUCUGAAUUGCGGAGUGGAAUUAUUCAAGAGAGGUGUGCUCAAGGAAUAUGGUGUGAAAGUCCUGGGAACUUCAGUUGAAUCCAUUAUGGCCACAGAAGAUAGACAGCUGUUCUCAGACAAACUAAAUGAAAUUAAUGAAAAGAUUGCUCCAAGCUUUGCAGUGGAAUCGAUUGAGGACGCACUGAAGGCAGCAGACGCCAUUGGCUACCCGGUGAUGAUCCGUUCUGCUUACGCCCUGGGCGGGUUAGGGUCAGGCCUCUGUCCCAACAGAGAGACCUUAAUGGACCUCAGCACAAAGGCUUUUGCUAUGACCAACCAGAUUCUGGUGGAGAAGUCAGUGACAGGUUGGAAAGAAAUAGAAUAUGAAGUGGUCCGAGAUGCUAAUGACAACUGUGUCACUGUCUGUAACAUGGAAAAUGUUGAUGCCAUGGGUGUUCACACAGGUGAUUCAGUUGUUGUGGCCCCUGCCCAGACACUCUCCAACGCGGAAUUUCAGUUGUUGAGACGUGUUUCAAUCAACGUCGUUCGCCACUUGGGCAUCGUGGGUGAAUGCAACAUUCAAUUUGCCCUUCAUCCUACCUCCAUGGAAUACUGCAUCAUUGAAGUGAAUGCCAGAUUGUCCCGAAGCUCUGCCCUGGCCUCAAAGGCUACCGGUUACCCAUUGGCAUUCAUUGCUGCAAAGAUUGCCCUGGGAAUUCCACUUCCAGAAAUCAAAAACGUUGUAUCAGGGAAGACAUCAGCCUGCUUUGAACCUAGCCUGGAUUACAUGGUUACCAAGAUUCCCCGCUGGGAUCUUGAUCGUUUUCAUGGAACUUCUAGCCGAAUUGGUAGUUCUAUGAAAAGUGUAGGAGAGGUCAUGGCUAUUGGUCGCACCUUUGAGGAGAGUUUUCAGAAGGCAUUACGGAUGUGCCAUCCUUCUAUAGAUGGUUUCACCUCCCGUCUCCCAAUGAACAAAGAGUGGCCAUCCGACAUUGAUCUCAGAAGAGAGCUGGCUGACCCAUCCAGCAUCCGCAUCUACGCCAUUGCCAAGGCCUUGGAAGACAACAUGUCACUUGAUGAGAUUAUGAAGCUCACAUCCAUUGACAAGUGGUUUCUGUAUAAGAUGCGCGACAUUUUAAACAUGGAAAAGACACUGAAAGGGCUCAACAGUGAGUCCAUUACAGAAGAAACCCUGAAAAAGGCAAAGGAGAUUGGGUUCUCGGACAAGCAGAUUUCAAAAUGCCUCGGGCUGACUGAGGCCCAGACAAGAGAGCUGAGGUUAAAGAAAAACAUUCAUCCUUGGGUUAAACAGAUUGAUACACUGGCUGCAGAAUACCCAUCAGUAACAAACUACCUCUAUGUUACCUACAAUGGUCAGGAGCAUGAUAUCGAUUUUGAUGAUCAUGGAAUGAUGGUGCUGGGCUGUGGUCCAUAUCACAUUGGUAGCAGUGUAGAAUUUGAUUGGUGUGCUGUCUCCAGUAUCCGCACAUUGCGUCAGCUUGGCAAGAAGACAGUGGUGGUGAAUUGUAACCCUGAGACUGUGAGCACAGACUUUGAUGAGUGUGACAAACUGUACUUUGAAGAGUUGUCUUUGGAGAGAAUCCUGGACAUCUACCAUCAGGAGGCAUGUGGUGGCUGCAUCAUAUCAGUUGGGGGCCAGAUUCCAAACAACCUGGCAGUCCCCCUGUACAAGAAUGGCGUCAAGAUCAUGGGCACGAGUCCUCUGCAGAUUGACAGGGCUGAGGAUCGCUCCAUCUUCUCAGCUGUCUUGGAUGAGCUGAAGGUGGCUCAGGCACCAUGGAAAGCUGUUAACACUUUGAAUGAGGCAUUGGAAUUUGCGAAGUCUGUGGGCUACCCCUGCUUGUUGAGACCUUCCUAUGUUUUGAGCGGGUCUGCCAUGAAUGUGGUAUUCUCCGAGGAUGAGAUGAAAAAAUUCCUAGAGGAGGCCACUAGAGUCUCUCAGGAACACCCAGUGGUGCUGACGAAAUUUAUUGAGGGGGCCCGGGAAGUGGAAAUGGAUGCUGUUGGCAAAGACGGACGAGUCAUCUCCCAUGCCAUUUCUGAACACGUGGAGGAUGCAGGCGUCCACUCGGGCGAUGCUACUCUGAUGCUGCCGACACAAACCAUCAGCCAAGGAGCCAUCGAAAAGGUGAAGGAUGCUACCAGAAAGAUCGCAAAGGCUUUUGCCAUCUCUGGCCCAUUCAACGUCCAGUUUCUUGUCAAAGGAAAUGAUGUCUUGGUGAUUGAGUGUAACCUGAGAGCUUCUCGAUCCUUCCCCUUCGUUUCCAAGACACUUGGAAUAGACUUCAUUGAUGUGGCCACCAAGGUGAUGAUUGGAGAGCACAUUGAUGAGAAACCCCUUCCAACACUGGAGCAUCCCAUAAUUCCAGCCGACUAUGUUGCAAUUAAGGCUCCAAUGUUUUCCUGGCCCCGGUUGAGAGACGCUGACCCCAUUCUACGAUGUGAGAUGGCUUCCACUGGAGAGGUGGCUUGCUUUGGUGAAGGUAUUCAUACAGCUUUCCUAAAGGCAAUGCUUUCUACAGGAUUUAAGAUACCCCAGAAAGGCAUCCUGAUUGGAAUUCAGCAAUCAUUUCGUCCACAAUUCCUUGGUGUGGCUGAACAAUUACACAAUGAAGGCUUCAAGCUCUUCGCCACGGAAGCCACAUCAGACUGGCUCAAUGCCAACAAUGUACCUGCUACCCCAGUGGCAUGGCCAUCUCAAGAAGGACAGAACCCCAGCCUCUCGCCCAUCAGAAAAUUGAUUAGAGAUGGCAGCAUUGACCUGGUGAUUAACCUCCCCAAUAACAACACUAAAUUUGUCCAUGAUAAUUAUGUGAUUCGGAGGACAGCUGUUGACAGUGGAAUUGCUCUCCUCACUAAUUUCCAGGUGACCAAGCUUUUUGCUGAAGCUGUGAAGAAAGCUCGCAAUGUGGACUCCAAGAGUCUCUUCCACUACAGGCAGUACAGUGCUGGGAAAGAACUAUAG